UACAGUUCUCCCAUUGGCUUCUCACCACGGCGGCUGGUUUACACCGGGGCCUCCUGGACUUCCUUUCAAAGAUGGAGAAGACAGAUCCCAGCCACUGACGGGGACCUUGGGAGGUUCCAGAGCCAGCACAGUGAUGGUGGUGCAUAGUGGCGGGGAGCCCAGCACCAACCCUCCUGCAGGGCUGCUGGAUCUCCUGAAUGCUGAUAGGACCUGGCAUGGACUCCGGCCACUCUUCGCGAGGAACUAGUAAACCCCUCGUCCAGAAUGCAUCGUUAAGCCCAGCCAAUGGAUCUAAAUUGAUGAAUCGUUGAGGAUAAGAUGUGAAGAGCCUCAUGUGUGAAAAUGAAGUCCCAGGCAAUCACGAUUUACUGUUUAAUGUUAUUUCUGGCCACAGAAUGUUCUCAUCCUAGAUCCAAGACCCACAUAAAAGAUGGAGAUAAACUUCAAGUUCCUGAAGGAAAACCCAAGACUGGAAGGAUGCAAGGACUUAACGCAUCAUGCUUUUCCAUGGCAGCACCAUUUAUACCUCUGCGCAUUGUUGACUACCAAGCCCCAGAGCCAAUUGAGAGUGUAGCUCAAGUCAUCCAAAGGAACUGCCCACUUGAUUAUGCCUGCAUAAUUGAUGUUGUGAAAUCAUCAGAAGCCACGUCUGGAAAUAUUGCAUUUAUAGUGAAGUUACUAAAAAAUAUUUCUACACACUUGUCUGAUAAUGUUACCCAAGAGAAAAUGAAGAGCUACUGCAAAGUGGCCAACCACAUGCUCGACAAAGCAGUCAUUCCAAAUUGGGCUUUCAUUCCUGACAAAAAUGCCAGCUCGGAUUUGUUGCAGUCAGUGAAUUGGUUUGGGAGGCGAUUCCGCAUCCAGAACAAACCGGAGCACAUUGUGGAUGAACUCUUCAUUCAGAUGAAAGGGCGUCACAUCAACCACAAUACCUCAGAGAGAAGUUUCAGUUUCUCCAUGAACGUAAGCAAUACAAUGGAGGGUAUCCUAGAUAUGAUAGAAGUUCCCAGGCAAGAGCUGUGGAAGCUGCCACCAAAUGCAUCCGAAGCCAUCGGCAUAGCUUUUCCCACCUUGGGGGCUAUUCUGAAAGAAGCCCACUUGUAAAAUGCCAGUCUACCCAGGCAGGUAAAUGGGCUGGUCGUUUCGGUGAUUUUACCAGAAAUAUUGAAGCAAAUCUUAUUCACCUUUGAGAAGAUCAAUAAAUCCCGGAAUGCCAGGGCCCAGUGUGUUGGCUGGCACUCCAGGAAAAGGAGGUGGGAUGAGAAUGUCUGUGAAACAACAUUGGAUACAGCCAGCAAAGUGAAAUGCUGGUGUAGCUACACCAACGUGGUGAUGUCUUUUUCCAUUCUCAUGUCCCCCAUAUCUGUAGACAACAAGGUCCUGGACUAUAUCACCUGCAUUGGGCUCAGUGUCUCCAUCCUUAGCUUGAUUCUUUGCCUGAUCAUUGAAGCCACAGUUUGGUCCCGAGUGGUCGUGAUGGAGAUAUCAUACAUGCGACAUGUAUGCAUUGUGAACGUAGCUGUGUCUCUCCUGACCGCCAAUGUGUGGUUCAUCCUGGGCUCUAACUUUAACAAAAAGGCCCAGAACUACAACUGGUGUGUUGCGGUGACAUUUUUCAGCCACUUUUUCUACCUCUCUCUGUUUUUCUGGAUGCUCUUCAAAGCACUGCUCAUCAUCUAUGGACUAUUGGUCGUUUUCCGGAGGAUGAUGAAGUCCUGCAUGAUGGCCAUUGGCUUUGCCAUUGGCUAUGGCAUUGUUGUCACCACAGUUGCUAUCACAGUGCCAGGGAAAGGCUACAUGAGACAUGGUGCCAGUUGGCUUAACUGGGACAAUACCAAAGCCCUUCUAGCAUUUGCCAUCCCAGCCUUGCUUAUUGUGGCUGUGAAUCUUGUUGUGGUUUUGGUUGUUGCUGUCAUCACUCAGAGGCCCUCUAUUGGCAGUUCCAGGUCUCAGGAUGUGGCCAUUAUUAUGAGGAUUAGCAAAAAUGUCGCCAUCCUCACCCCACUGCUGGGACUCACCUGGGGUUUUGGAAUAGCUACCCUCAUAGAAGGCACUUCCUUGGUAUUUCAUAUAAUCUUUGCCCUGUUCAAUGCUUUCCAGAAACUUCUUCCACCACCUCAGAGGCUCUAG